UGUGGCGCCCUGCUGAUGCGCAAGAUGUUCGGGCAAAUUAGCUGUCAAUCUCUGACCAAACUCUAGCUAUUUAGGGUAGCUAGGUUGAUUAAAGGAUCAGUACUGUACCGUAGGAGUUUCCAGAGAGAUUAAAUCGGGAUGUGUUGUAGGUUAAUGUGAUAUUGCAAGUGGUACCGGAACCUAUGCCAUUUUUGGGUGCAUUAACAUUAAGUUAGCUUUGUAACUUAGCUACUUAACGUUAGCCAACUAUAUCACAAGCCACCUCGUUUUUUCAAGACUGAGUAAACUGACGAUGUCCGAUUCCGACAUAAUGUCUUCAACCGAAGACCGAGCCAAGGAGAUCCUGAAGGGAUUCAAGCUAAACUGGAUGAACCUACGUGAUGCUGAGACUGGGAAGGUACUGUGGCAGGGAACAGAGGACCUGUCUCUUCCUGGAGUUGAACAUGAAGCUCGAGUCCCCAAGAAAAUCCUCAAGUGCAAAGCUGUGUCUAGAGAGCUAAAUUUCUCUUCAUCAGAAAAACUGGAAAAGUUUCGCCUUGAACAGAAGGUUUUCUUCAAAGGCCAAUGCUUAGAAGAAUGGUUCUUUGAGUUUGGCUUUGUUAUUCCCAACUCCACAAACACAUGGCAAUCUUUGAUAGAGGCAGCUCCAGAGUCGCAGAUGAUGCCUGCAAAUGUUUUAACUGGAAACGUUGUUAUAGAGACCAAGUUCUUUGAUGACGAGCUUCAUGUCAGCACCUCUCGAGUACGACUUUUCUACGUCUGAAGAAGGAACACCUUACUUUUUUAUUUUCUCUUAAACUUUGAAGUUGGGAAAGACCGAGACCAGGCAUACACUGCUGAUUGUUGUUUUCCAGUGGUCACAGAAGGCCUCGUAUGACAAAGUGCAUUUCUCUUCUACAGUGACCGCAGCACUAAAGGGAACAAUGCAAGAAACCAAAAUCCAUACAACUUAACCAAGUCAUCAAGCUCACACUGGCUUCUUGGCAGACAAGACUUUGUAUGUAAAUAUCUAUAUAUAUAUAUAUAUAUAUGGGCAAUGCCAAUGCUCAUGGAAAACAACCAUGUAAAUUAUUUUAUUUGUACAUUCUUUUUUCCCCCCUUGUCAUUCCAGAAAUGUCCCCUGCGAUGUACACUGCUCUGUUGUCACCUUAUGUUUUUCCAUGUUUGCUUCAAGUUAAUGUUGUGAUUGCUGAUUCUGAUUUGUUCUGAUUUUUUUAGCUGUAACUAACCUGUAAAAUAGACUGUUUAUUACAUUAAUUAUGGAUUAAAACACUUCCACAAAAGUA